CACCAGCGCUGAUGAAGAGGAUGAAAAGAUGACUUUGCGUUGGCCUCCUGCUUCAUCGUCGUUGUCGCCGCCUUCGCGGCGGGUUGUGCUUGGCUCUGAGGAGCAGUGGCAGCCCAGGGCGACAACAGCAGCACCGCCUUCCAGUGAAGAUGAGGUGAUGUGCGUUGGGUGGAAUGCGGUGGUAUCUCGUUCCUGGUUGGAGCAGGAACUGCAGCGCGGAGUGAGUCCAGUCCUGAAGGCUCGCAGACAAGAAGAAGCAUUUAUUGAAGAGGCUGUCAACGAUGAGGACGAGGAUGAAGAAGUCCAAGCGGGCAUGCUGCUCCAGCAAGCCGCGUGCAGCUGGUCCUGUGUUUGUGCAUUGACCACGAAAGCAAUAUUGAAACACAGGCCCCAGCAGGAAACGAUCAGUGGUCCUGAUACGGGAGCAGGCCGUACGUACGAAAACCAAGGGCGCUUGCACUUGACUGUGCUUCGGCCGGGCAAAUCACCGCAUGCGCCUGCAGCAGUGCUGACUCACAGCCCGCUUCCAACGUAUGAGCAGCAAGUGCGGCUGUGCUGCCAGAGCGAGCGCAUCGUGGUCGCGGCUGUUGAAGACGAACGCAGCAGCAGACACCAGCAGGGCGAAGUAGGAGCAGACGUCCUGUUUGAGGCCGCAAUAGCCGCAGAGCAAACAACAAGCACAAGACCCACAGUCACAGGGCAAGCAGAGCAACGAAGUGAAGCGGGUAUGCUCGCCUGGAUUCCAGUUCCCUUUCCACGCUUUCGCAAGAUCAAGCAGCUGGCUUGUGGCAAAACACACAGCAUGGUGCUGGACACGCACGGCGAUGUCUGGGCAUGGGGACGCGGCGGUUUUGGCCAGCUUGGCCACGGCUCCAUCCACGACGAGCCAACUCCAAGGCCAGUGGAGGCGCUGCAAGGCAUGUGCAUGUCCAUGAUUGCUGCCGGUGGGUGGCACUCGCUCGUUCUCUCAUCUUCAGGGGAUGUCUACUCAUUUGGCUGGAACAACCACCACCAGCUCGGCCGGGACACGACGGACACACCGCCUGCAGUGCCAGGGCUGAUUGAGCUGGAAGAAAGCAGUGACAGCACGGCUGACAACGAACAAACUCAUUCUCUCCGACAUGGCGAGGACGUUGUUUCUGUUGCAUGUGGAUCUGCUCACAGCUACGCCGUCACAUCUGUCGGGCAGGUGUUUGGCUGGGGCUGGGCUGAGCAUGGGCAGUUUGGCCCAAACACAAAGGAGAGUCAUGUGAUCAAACCAACCGUCAUUCCCUUCCUUCAACAACACACUGUUCGCUGUAUUCUGUCUCAGCAUUCAAGCUGGGGAGGUGUUUGUCUCCUUGCCAAAGAAUGA